CAGUCUGUUUUGUGCUUGUUUGAAUGGAGAUAAUGCCGUCAUUUCGCGUGCUUUGAUUGCAUCGGUAAUUCGAUUGUCAGUGACUGUUUGACAAGAGGCUGGCGACAAAAUCUGUUUUUUUUCAAUAAAAACGAGCGUUGCGCACUUCGGAAAUAUACAUAUGUACAACAUAUUUUCGGAUUGCACUGUAUUUACAUUCGCUUUAAUAUGCAGCUUUGAUUCGCUGAUAGAUUUGACGACAUGGUGACCGCGGUGCCAUUCACUUAUCAGCACAGAAAUCCCAGGCGUUAUCAUUCAAAUUAAAUAGGGGAAUACCUAUUAUGCGAAAAGCAAUUUCCUGCUGCUGUACCAGUUUUUAGCAUCCGCCUUUGUUCUUUUCCUCGUUUUGCUUCUCGCAAGUGAGAAGUGUGAGAACGAACGCCUUCCACGAUUCCACUUCCAAGGCGCGUCUUUUAGUAGCCGUGUGACGUUAUCGCUGAAACCAGUAUCUGUCUGACAGUGUCGUAGAAUCAAUGAAAAUAGCCGAUAGUGACUUGAACCGAGUCCGUUCUUGUUCGGAUUGUACUUUGUUCCCGCGGGACGGUGCAUCCUCCAACUGCAGGUGGUGUCAAUGCGACGUGUCGAAAACCGUUAGGGACAGAUAAAAUAAAGUUUUCCUGCCCGCGGAGCGUUUUCCACAAUGACAGCAUCACAGCACCAUGUCGUCACAGAUCGAUGGUGAAUUUAGUGUUGACAAAGUGACCGCUACCAGAUGGUAAUUUGUGCAAGGUGAAUUUUCAGCGUAGCGCAUGGAUAUUGUGACAUUGAUGCAACAGCAGCAUCAAACGCUCGACGGUAAUAAGUAGGGUCAGAAAGAGCAGGACCACAUGAAUAAUGGUGCGUACUGUUGCGGCGUCUGCCGAGGGUCAUGCGGUCGACAGGUUUCGCGGCGAGGCUGGAUGUUCGGCGAAGGAAAUGGCGGUCGUAGCUUCGGACAAUGAUAGCGUUGGAGAUUCCUCUACGCAGUGCAGGAAUGUGCAUCUGGGUAGUGAGGUCAACUACAAUAAUGGUUCGGUUACCAUUCAUGUAAAACAUGUCGUUUACACGUCUAGUCCGACUCAAGAUGCGAGUAAAUCUGACACCAGCGUCUCCGACAAUACCUCGAAUUUGUCGACGAAUAAGGAUAACGGAGAUAUAAACAGAUGCAUUUUUCAGCAAAAUAUUAAAUUAAAUAAAGUGACGCAAUCGCUCUGGACGUGGAAACGUGCGGUUUUAUCGUGCGUUAUAACUUUAGUACUUCUAGCUGUUGUAGUGCCCAUAACUGUACAUUUCACCCCGGAAAUUCCAACCUCAUCGCUUAAGGAUCCCGACAAGGUAUCCCCGUUAUCCGACUACUACAAGGUUGUGUGCUAUUUCACAAAUUGGGCCUGGUACCGUCGUGGAAUCGGCCGUUAUUUGCCGGAACACAUCGAUCACACUCUAUGCACGCAUAUCGUGUACGGCUUCGCAGUGCUAGAUUAUUCCGAGCUGGUGAUUAAGGCGAACGACUCCUGGGCGGACUACGACAAUCGUUUCUACGAGCGGGUGGUAGCGCAUAAAAAGCGGGGUCUUAAGGUGCUCCUCGCGCUGAGCGGAUGGAAUGACUCCGCCGGCGAAAAGUACAGCCGAUUGGUGAAUAGUCCGUCCGCUAGGAAGAAAUUCAUCAAUCAUGCUAUUCAGUUUAUCGAAAAAUACGGUUUUGACGGAUUGGACUUGGAUUGGGAGUAUCCUGUUUGUAGGCAGGCAAAUUGCAACAAAGGUCCAGAUUCGGAUAAAGAGAGCUUUGCAGCUAUCUUGCGGGAAUUAAGCGCUGAAUUCAAGCCAAAAGGAUUGCUUCUCUCGGCAGCGGUCUCGCCGAACAUUCUGGUGAUUGACAAAAGCUACGACGUCCCGGCGUUGGCCAAGUAUUUGGACUGGAUCGCCGUCAUGGCGUAUGACUAUCACGGACAAUGGGACAAACGUACCGGUCAUAUUGCGCCUUUAUAUUAUCAUCCGGACGAUGAGUUCUGCUACUUGAACGCUAACUAUUCGAUCAACUAUUGGAUCUCGAAGGGUGCACCACCCAGGAGCAUUGUUAUGGGCAUGCCGUUGUACGGACACUCGUUCUCAAUCCACGAUCCCAGAGCUGGAACUGGUCUGAAUUCUCCGGCCAGCGCCGGGAACGCCGGAGAGUUCACCCGGACUGCCGGUUUUCUGUCUUACUACGAAAUCUGCGAUCAAGUACGCAAUCGUGGAUGGACGGUUGUGCAAGAUCCGGAGGGUAGAAUGGGUCCGUACGCUUAUAAGGGCAGCCAAUGGGUUAGUUUUGACGACUCGGAAAUGAUCAGGCGGAAGGCGCAGUUCGUGCGCGAUAUGGGUUUGGGCGGUGGUAUGGUAUGGACUCUGGAUUUGGACGAUUUCCGCGGACGAUGCGAUAACGGACCACAUCCACUGAUGCACACGAUUCAGCGGGAGCUGGCGGAACCGCCGAAGAAGCACGACAGGCUUCUGAAGCCCGUAGAAUUGAAGCCACCCCUGCCAACGAUGACGACGUGGACCGUCAAGCCCACGAAAGCGAUACAGACGACUACAACAGUGGAUCGCGUUUCACACAACAGUUCCGGCGAGUUCAAAGUCAUCUGCUAUUUCACUAACUGGGCCUGGUAUCGGCAAGAGGGUGGCAGAUUCGUACCGGAAGAUGUAGAUUCCGAUCUUUGUACCCAUGUGCUUUACGCAUUCUCCGUGCUCGACGGUAGCAGCUUAACGAUGAAAUCCAACGAUCCUUGGUCCGAUAUAGACAACAAGUUUUACGAAAAAGUGACGACGUUCAAGGCAAAGGGUCUGAAGGUGCUGAUAUCACUGGGAGGCUGGUACGAUUCGAUCGAUUCGGCCAAAUACAGUAGACUGGUAAACUCGCCGUCGGCUAGGCGAAGAUUUAUCACAGAAGUUCUCAUCUUCAUUGAGAAGUAUGGUUUCGAAGGUCUCGAUCUCGAUUGGGAUUAUCCGGUAUGCUGGCAAAUGGACUGCAACAAGGGCCCGGAGUCUGAUAAGCAAAGCUUCGCUGAGCUAGUGAAAGAACUGAGCAACGAGUUCAAGCCUCGAGGAUUACUUCUCUCCGCAGCCGUAUCGCGAAGCAAGAUGGUGAUCGACGCGGGAUACGACGUUCCCAUCCUGUCCAAAUACCUGGACUGGAUAUCCGUGAUGAUGUACGACUUCCAUGGUCAAUGGGACAAAAAGACUGGCCACGUAGCACCGCUGUAUUCUUUACCUAAUGACUGGGAACCGACAUUUAAUGCCAACUUUUCGAUCCAUUAUUGGAUAGAGAAAGGUGCAAAUCCGAAAAAGUUGAUCAUGGGCUCCCCAUUGUACGGCCAAUCAUUUUCACUUGCGAAGAUAAAUGUACACGGAUUAAACGCGCCAACCUAUAGCGGAGGCGAACCUGGAGAGGCGACUAGAAACGGAGGCUUCUUGUCAUAUUACGAGAUAUGUGAAAGAACGUUGAAGAAAGGAUGGACAGUCGUUCAGGAUAAAGACAGAAGAAUCGGCCCUUAUGCCUACAAAGGUGAUCAGUGGGUAGGCUUCGACGACGCUCAACAAAUCAAACUGAAGGCAGAACUGAUCAAGAAACUUGGUCUCGGCGGUGGUAUGCUUUGGGCUUUAGAUCUGGACGACUUCAGAAACAGAUGCGGCUGCGAGCCUAGUCCGCUAUUGAGAACAAUGAAUCGAGUUUUGAGGAAUUACCCGAAGGGCCCGCUGUGUCCCAUUACGGAAGGAUCGGUUGUAAUCGACGUCAGCCAAACUGACAUCGAAUCCAUCACAACUAUACCACAGAAUGUCCAAUAUACGUAUCCACUACAUCGUCAAGACCAAUAUAUGGGAGACCAGGGCACCAUGAGCCACUAAAAUUCAAACUUUAAAAAGUACUUUUAAAUAUAAGAUUUUUUGUCUCAUUUUUUAAAAUAAUUAAAGCAUUAUGUAUAUUUUAAAAUUUAUUUAGCGUAUUUGGCAAAUAUUGAUUAGUUUUUGAGAAAAGAAUUAAAACAAAUUUUUUGAGAAAUGACCCAGGGUGCCCCAUACUCUGGGCACCAUGGGUCUAUGUCACUGGGGCACUAUAAAUCACACACAAAAACUAUGUUUAUUUAUUCAAAAAAUAACGAAAAGUUACAAAAGUUGAAAAGAAAUUUUAUUUUAUACGUUUUCUUACUGACACCGUUCAGGAUUGGUAAGGACAAACAAGAUAUCAGAACCCACUACUAAAAUAUCUUUCUUUUGGAAGAAAAACUAACUUCUGACAUGUUUUUUUAAAUAAAAAAUAACAUAUAUCAUCAACCUAUCUAUCUAUCAUCAACUUUGGUGGCGUGUGUGAUUCAUGGUGUCACAGCAUUGGGUGUCCUAUGGUGCCCCGAAUGCACUUAAUAUAGAAAAAAGUGAAAAAAACGUAAUAAAAAAAAUAAACUACACACGAUUAUCUGUAGUGCAAUAAAAUGACAAAAGAUGUUAGAAAGUUGCACCUAAUUUUUAGUCUCUUACGAAAAAAAUACCCAAGAUUUUGGUGUUUACACUCAACUUUGGGUGUUUACACUCCAUUUUCGGUGUCAACGUCUAAAUUUUCAGUGUUGACACCGACAUUUGAAUGUCGACACCCAAAAUUUGGGUGUCGACGCCAAAAGUUGGGUAUAUCGACACCGAAACUUUGGGUGUCGACACUAAAAUUCGAGUGUCGAUACCGAAACUUUGGUGUCGACACCCAAAAUUUGGGUGUCGACAUCAAAAGUUCAGUGUCGACACCAAAACUUUGGGUGUCGACACCAAAGAUUCGGUAUCGACACUCGAAUUUUGUAUCCCCAAAACUUGGGGAUACAUAAGCAGGCCCCGAUCAGGACAUGUAUUCUUACUUUAAUAAAAUAUUGGUAGGGUAAUAUAAUCACAAAAUGUCACACACUCUAUUUUAUGUUGCAAGUGCGUGGAAAGUAAUCUAUCACGCACGCGUCGCGUGCGUAAUAGGCCACUUUCCAUGCACGUGUAACAUAAUGGCUAUUUGUCGCACAGAUGGCGCGCGCGUAAUGGGCCACUUUCCACGCACGUGCGAUAUACCUAUUAGUUAUUUGUGCAACAAGUGCUGGAAGAUGAAAAUUCACGGGUGCGGAGUUGACGCACGAGCCGAAGGCGAGUGCGGUCACCGCACCCAGGAAUUUUCAUCUUUACGCACGGUUUGCACACCCU